AUGGGUACUCAUAAAGAAUUGGAUUCUUUAAAACUCCAAUUACUUAAAGAUUUUUUGUUAAAUAAAAAUAAACUUAGUUCUUACAUUGUACAAGGAUUUCCUACGCAUAAAAGAACACUUUUCGAUAUUAUUACAUUGACUUUAAAUGAUGAAAACGAUGACGACGAUGAAAUGAAUGUGUUUAUUAGAUUUGAGAGACAAGUUAGAAGUAAAAUAAAAAACUUUACCGAAGUAACUGUAUUGGACAUGACAGACAAGGACUUCAAAAUUCAUUUUAGUUUGACAAGAGAGAGUAUUGAGUUCAAGUGUUCCAUUGAAAAACAAAUACUGGUGUUUACAUGGUAUAUGGCUAAUUGUGAAACACAUCGACAAAUAGCAAAUCGAUUUAAUCUAUCUGAUAGCACCAGUCAUGGGAUUAUUAUAAAUUGUUUGCUACAAAUAAAUACCCUUAAUAGAGUUUUUAUACAAUGGCCAAGCGGUCAAAGGGCAAUAGAAACUGUGGAAAAAUUCAAUGCCUUAAGGCAAACUUCUUUUCCAAAUGUUAUUGGAGCUGUUGAUGGCUGCCAUAUUGCCAUAUUAGCACCUUGGGAGAAGAGAAGUGUGAUGCCAAAAUUAGAUAGGAAUAUGUUUUACAACCGUAAACAAGUUCCAUCAGUAUUGCUUCAGGGAAUCGUAAAUGCAGACCAAAUCUUCAUAGAUGUUUUUGCCGGUUGGCCUGGCUCGUCUCACGAUGCUAGAGUGUUUUGA